GGGGGUGGGAAACAUGGCUAUGCACCAUGUCCGGAGACACGUUUCUGGCAGAGUUAGGGUACAAACUUGGAAAAACCAUUGGUGAAGGUAGUUACUCCAAAGUGAAAGUGGGCACUUGCAAGAAAUACAGGGAGAAUGUUGCUAUAAAGGUGGUGGACAGGAAAAAGGCUCCCCCGGAUUUUGUUAAUAAAUUCCUUCCGCGGGAGCUGGACAUCCUGAGGGGGAUCAAACACCCUCACAUUGUGCAGGUCUAUGAAUUCAUCGAAGUCUGCAAUGGAAAACUCUACAUUGUGAUGGAGCAAGCCGUCACUGAUCUCCUCCAGCUGAUCCAGAACCGGGGCCACAUCCCGAACCACGAGGCCCGACACUUCUUCUCGCAGAUUGCCUGCGCUGUUAAGUAUCUCCACGAGCGGAAGAUUGUCCACCGCGACCUCAAGUGUGAGAACAUCCUGCUAACCGAGGAUAUGCAGGUGAAGAUCACCGACUUUGGGUUCGGGAAGAAAAUUCAUAGCUCCCCCCACCUUAGCAGCACCUACUGCGGCUCGGCAGCCUAUGCCCCUCCGGAGGUCCUCAUGGGCGUCCCUUAUGAUCCCAAGAAGUAUGACAUUUGGAGUGUGGGCGUUAUCCUCUACGUGAUAGUGACGGGGUGCAUGCCGUUUGACGAUUCAAACAUCAGCAAACUGCCCAAGAGCCAACAGAAAGGGGUGAUCUACCCGGAGAGUGUUCACCUGGAUGAGAAGUGUCAAAGCCUGAUCCAAGAACUCCUGCAGUUCAGCCCAACCGAGCGGCCAGCUGCCCACCAGAUCGUCAAACACGCCUGGGUUAGGGACGGCAAGUAGGAGAUCGCACCCCACAAGGAGUCACCGUUAGUUUCCUCGUAGCGUUACCGUAACGGAUGUAACAACCUCUAUCUAAAACCAUUGUCAAUUAAACCUUUGAAAGUGAACUAGCUCAUUUAUUAAAUUAUUAUUAAGCUGUAGUCUGCGAGCGUGCUCCGCGCAUCUGGCCUCUUCCCUCUUCGUUUUCAGUCUUGAAAAAGGGUCUGGGCUCGAAGCCUUUAUUUAUUUAGAGCCUAAUCACAGAACAACUUACAAUGACCGAUUAACCCGCACGUCUUCGGACUGUGCGAGGAAACCCGUGUACACACUUCGUACAGAUGCCGCCGGUAUUGAAAUGCAAACUCCGAUACCCCGACUGUAACUGCAUCGCACUAACCGUUACGCAUCGUGAUAUUGGCUCUUUAUUCCUCUCUAUAGA